AUGAUACAUUUCAUUUUUUUUGUUGCCCUUUUUUUUUGCUCGCUUCGGGCGGAGGGAAGUGAGGUUGUGGAAGCCACCGAUAAAGAUUUUGACGACGUCAUUUCAAGUGGUGAGAUUGCGCUUGUGAAGUUCUAUGCUCCAUGGUGCGGGCACUGUCAGAAACUUGCGCCGGAGUGGGAGAAGGCGGCCAAAGAGAUUCCUAGCGGGGCGGUCAUGGUGGAUGUCGAUUGCACCAAGGAAAGCAAUUUGGCCCAGAAGUACUCCAUUAAAGGGUUCCCCACAAUUAUUCUCUUUCGUGACGGCAAGGAGGUGGAACAUUACAAAGGUGGUCGCAAAAGUAGUGAUAUUGUAAACUACGUGAAGGCAAACCUUGGAACUGCAGUUGUCCAUGUUGAGACUGCUGAAGAAUUGGAAAAAUUAAGGGAAGAGCAUAAUGCUGUAUGUGUGGGAGUGACCUCGGACAUGGAAUCCACACUCUCGAAAACGCUAGCGACUUCUGCAGAGGGCCUACGGAUGAAAAUGAAGUUUGUGGUUAUUACAGAUUCAAAUAUUCUUCCCGAUGAGAAACCAGAAUCCAUUAUUGUUUUCAGAAAGGGUGGGGAAAAGGAGGUCUUUGAUGGGGCAAUGGAAACAGCGGAUCUAAAAUCUUUUCUUGAGGUUGCUUUUAUCCCAUUUAUGGGGGAGAUCAACCCCAACACUUACUUGGAUUACGCUGGAAUAUCAGGGCCGGUGGCAUGGGUUCUAUUGAAACCGAGCGAGGAGGAAUCGAAGGAGCUGAAAUCCAAGCUUCUGGAUGUGGGAAAGAAAAUGCGCCGUCUUAUGGUGCUCCUUUGGGUAGAUGCGGAACAGUAUGGGGUGGCUUCUAGUCUUGGUUUAUCAGAUGAUGCAAAAUACCCUGCUUUUGUGAUUGCUCGAGGUGAGGACCACUUUGUUCAUCCAUCUACGGAACCGGUAACUGCAGAGAGCAUUGAAAAAUUUAUUAUCGAAUACUCCGAAAAGAAAUUAUCUCCAGAAAUUAAAUCUCAGCCCGUCCCUGAAAUUGAAACCGUUGAGGGGCUGACCACAGUUGUAGGGAAGACAUUGGACAAGUACCUUUCAUCUGGAAAAGACAUGUUGAUCGAGUUUUUUGCUCCGUGGUGUGGGCACUGCAAGAAUUUGGCUCCAAUUUACGCGAAGGUGGCGAAGGAAUUUGAGUCCUCGGACGUUAUUAUUGCCGCCAUGGACGCUACUGCUAACCAGAUGGACAACUCUCUCUUUGACGUUUCUGGUUUUCCGACCAUAUACUUUGUUCCCCAUGGAGGAAAGCCAAUUAUGUAUGAUGGGGGCCGUACGUUCUAUGAGAUUUACAAGUUCGUUCAUGAGCACAGCUCAACUUUAAAAGAUGUGCCGAUCCCAGAAGAAGUCAAGAGGGAAGAAGAAAAAAAUGGGGAUGACGAUGAUCUAUAG